UCGGACCGCCAGUCGGGGGUGAAGAGUGGUCGAGCUCGAACGCUUCGGACGAGUGGUAGUGUUGGUGUUCGCUGAGUGCGCGGAGCUGCGUUCAGACAGCGACCGGGACUGUUCAGCUGGUGCCCCCACAGAUACCCGCGUGGGCAUUCGUCUGCCCCUGACCUGCUGCGUGGAAUACUGAGCAGGCGCUGAAGGAGGAGCGAGAGGCGGAGGCAGCGACGUGUCCCAACUUCCUCGGGUAGAUACUUGAGCUUUGGCCAGGGUGACUUUGGGAUCGAAGUUGGUAGUGUGAAGUGGACGCGAUGUGGAUAUCAGAGUGGUCGGUGAAACAGAGGGUUGGAUAAAGUUGAAUAAACGAUAUAGCUGUCACCGGUGCGAGUGAGUGUGACAGCGGCGGUGCAGGAGGUAGCGAGUGCCUGAGGUCAGCGCUGGUCAACCCGGAAUGACACAUCGUGAAACUACUUAACCUCCAGGGGAUCUCGCGCUCCGUGUGUGAAGGCCACGAAGGAACGCCGCAGAAGGGGACGUCGCUCCGGCACUGCGAAGCGGAAGAAAGAGGUUUCCCAACUCCUAAUAACUCCUGACGCCUUCGGUUGUUCGCCCCGAGCGACGGCGAGGAUGGACGUGUACAAGAUCGACCAGAGUCUUGGCUCUCUGGGCUCAGGCGUCGCUGAAGUUAAGGUCACGAAUCCCGAGGUGACCUUCGACACCAACACGGACUUCAACCUCUCCUUCUUCGACCCUUCGUCGUCGCCGCCGCCCGGAGUCAUCAAGAAGGAGGACUUCGACGACCGGAACUUCGACUCCGUGGCCCCGGACUCGCUCUUCUCCCCCUCGGCCGACUACUCGCCCUUCACCACCGAGGAGUCCAAGUACACCUCCUUCUCCGACACCGCCCAACCCUACGCCCAGGACUCCGCCAGCAGCCUCAGCCCGGCCUCCACGCCCACGCUCAGCUCCCCGCUGCCCUCGCCCUCCCCGGGCCUCCUGCAGGCGCACAACGCCGUCAGUCAGAUGAAGGCGCCGCUUGUCAUCAAGAAAGAGCAGAGCUACCAGGCAGCGGACAGCACGCCCACACCCACCACAGCUACGCCCACAAACAAGAAUUUCGUACCUUGCAAAGUCUGCGGAGACAAAGCUUCAGGUUACCAUUACGGAGUGACGUCAUGCGAGGGAUGCAAGGGUUUCUUCAGGCGUAGCAUCCAGAAACAGAUCGAGUACAGAUGUCUGCGGGAUGGCAAGUGUUUGGUUAUUAGACUCAACCGAAAUAGAUGUCAGUACUGUCGAUUCAAGAAGUGUCUGGCCGUGGGCAUGUCGAGAGACUCUGUGCGAUAUGGGCGUGUCCCCAAGAGGUCUCGCGAACGAGAGGGCGAUGGGCGUGGCGAAGGGUCGGAGAUGGUGGCCAGGGAGGUCGAGAACAAGCAGCUGGCCAUCUAUGAUAUUAUUCUGACCAUCUCGCAGGCACACCACGCUAACUGUGCCUAUACGGAGGAAAAGACCAGAGCGCUCGUCAGGAAGCCUAUUAUUUUUAACACGUCCGAAGUGAGCAGCGACCCCGAGGCAGCCUCCUCCACGAUGGACACCCUUGAGCACCAGAAGAUCACUAUGUGGCAGAGCUUCGCCGUCUUCAUGACCCCUUCUAUACAGCGCGUGGUCGAAUUUGCCAAAAGAGUGCCAGGAUUCUCGGAGUUGUCGCAAGACGAUCAACUUAUUCUCAUCAAGGUCGGGUUCUUUGAGCUGUGGCUGACGCACAUCAGCCGGAUGAUCAGCUCCGUGGACAACACACUCACGUUUAGCGAUGGUUCUUACGUCACUCGCAGUCAGAUGGAGAUGAUGUUUGACCAAGACUUUGUCACGACGAUAUUCAACUUCGCGAUGUCGUUCAACAACUUGAAUCUGAACGACACAGAACUCGCGCUGUUCACGGGCGUCGUGCUCCUGACGGCGGAGCGGCCGGGCAUCACCGACACCAAGGUCAUAGAGCAGCAGCAGGACCGGAUCAUCGAGGCUCUCCGGGUGCAGGUGGGCAGGAACCAUGCCAGCGAGACGCACCUGUUUCCCAACGUGGUAAUGAAGAUGCCCGAGCUGCGACAGAUCGGGGCCAAACAUCAGGAACACUUGAACUGGUUCCGGUCCAGCUGGUCAAGGCUCAAACUUCCACCUCUCUUCGCCGAGAUCUUCGACAUACCCAAGUGUGAGGAGGACCUCUUAUGAGGAGUGUGGUGUAGGAAUAAUCUCGGCAAAGUAGUGUCAUAGCCAUUGCCCGGUGGACCAAGCGUGUGAUAGUGUCAUCCCCGAGUGCGUACGUGCGUGCGUGUGUGUGUGUGGGAUCCCCAGCCUCAUCACAGAUCCACGCCCGCCAUCAGCCACAUCCACUCAGAACCAAGCCCACACGGAACCCACGCCCACCUGGUCGCAGCCGCAAUAUUGGUAGUCCGUCGACAUCGUGUUAGGUAGUCUAAUCACGAUCAGGUCGUAGGCUUUACACAUGCUGUCUGAAGAUCAUGAACCGUCGCUUCCGAGUGAACGAAGAAGGGAGGAGCCAAUGCGACUGCGUGGAGACUUCCGACCUCCUCUCUGGGUGCAGAGACAUGUUGCCUCCGGAGAUAUUCGACAGAUGUACAAAGCACCUCCAGGACGUGUCUUGGAGACUAGGAACGUCUCAGAGUUUCGUCUUCAGGAUCUGGAAGCUACCGAGAGUCCCGGGAUGAGUAGCGUAACAUCCUGUGCAUGAUGGUACCCGCCAGUGUUACUUUGGAAUGAGAGUGUUGGUAUGAAAAUAUAGCAAGUUUCCCACUGCCAUGUUGCUCCUCGGCCAGAAGCCAACGUGAUAGCGUUACCAAUAUUUAUUCUACUUUAUUGUGUUCUUGGUGGCGUCUAGCAUGUAUCUAGACACCAGGACAAGCGGGACAGUGUGGGCCACUGAUACAGCACUCUGACGUGCCUCUCAUGCUAGAGCUAUACGUACACUGUCAAAAGAGACAAACAGUUGUAACGUUCUUGUCAGUACAAGUGUCACAUUGUAACACUCGAUGAACUCUUCUUCCUCACCAGAACAAGUUCAGCCAAAUUGUGUUGCAAGAAUGAGACAUAUCGAGUGUUUGUAUAGCAAAUUUUAAAGCGCAUUUGUCUGUGCUGUUGGUGACUGCAGAUCAGCGCCUCAGAGUGACUGUUUAUAAAUACUCAUGUCCCAGCAGCGUGCACCACCAAGAGCUUGUACUCGGUGUGUAGUGUCUGUAUUUAGUGAAAGAGCACAAUAGUGGACAAGUCUGCUGCAGUUUCUGCUACUUCUGCUGAUUAUUCUGCUGUUACCUCCAUCAUCCUUAGCCCUUCUCCCACUGCUACAUGACCAGUCACUCCUUCACUGCCCCUCAGCUGAAAAACGAAAUAAUGUUCUAAGAUUUCUUUCACAGGAAGCCUGCUUGAACUCAAGCACUAAGCACAAAGAUAAGUUUCCUCUUAUGAAUCCCCCAUAACAAAUAUAAAUGUGACCACCAU